AUGUGCCCUCGUUUCCCUGAACCAGUACCCUUGGAACACCCCAUCUCUGCCCUCAAGGAGGCAUUGGAAAAGGUCAAUACAGACAUGUAUAGCCUAUUUGGCAUUUACUUUACUUUCUCAAACAUGACAUAUUCACCCUGUGUGUUUUUUUAGGCAGAACUUAAGGCGCUACAUUAACAUUUUUCUUUACGAGAUGCCAUUUUCCCCCAUACAGAUCGACAUUCUCCUAAGGUUAAGUAUUCAUGACACUAGACUACCAUCUCUGUAUGCCAUCGUUGUCUUCUACGACUCUGCUUUGUGGAAUGGAAACUUUGGCAGAAGGAACGGAAGUGAUCCCUCCUCGCCUCCAACCAAUGAGUACACAUUAUACAGGUGAGCUCUGCUCUGCUCUCCUCUGUUGAUAAAUCAUUUGUUAGAAGCAUGUUAGAUGAGAUUAACAUGAUUGCUUUGACUAGAGUUGCAAAAUUCUGGGAACUUUGUGGUCUCGUGUAUCUCAGUUGGUAGAGCAUGGCGCUUGCAACGCCAGGGUUGUGAGUUCGAUUACCACGGGGGGCCAGUAUGAGAAAAAUGUAUGCACUCACUAACUGUAAGUCGCUCUGGAUAAGAGCGUCUGCUAAAUGACUAAAAUGUAAAUGUGAACUUUCAAAAAUUCCCUGGUUUUCCUGAAAUCCCGGUUGGAUGAUUCCCGGAAUAAGCAAUAAAUCCGGAAUCCUCCAACCAGGAUUUCUGGAAAACCAGGGAAUUUAUUGAAAGUUUCUGGAAUUUUGCAACCCUAGCUGUGGCAGAUAUGUAUCUAUUUCCAGAGGCUGGGUCAAAGAGUCAGGUUGAUAAUGAGAAUACUGGAGGAUUUGCUGCAAAUGUGACAGGUUGCAGGAGGAAUAACACUCAACAAUUGUUUUCCCCACAGAAUCGCUAGUCUCUCGAAUAUCUUCCCCACACUGAUGCUGUACAAGCUAUGGGAGGAGGGGAACGUGGUCUCCUUGGAUGGCCCUCUGGAGAAGUAUGCAGCAAACUUCACCAUCACGAACCUGCUGGGGAAGCGGCGGGACGUUGUGGAAGCGGCGGGACGUUGUGGAUGUAAAGGCUAGUUUAGAGAUACCCAGCCCCGCUCAAACCUCUGUCGCCCUGCGCAGGAUGGCCGGACAGCUCUCUGGUAAAGGCACUCUUCCUCUUCAUGACUGUACAUUAACCUUAGCUUACCCUGGCCAUUACGUGAUUAGAGAAGAGAGAGAGGCUAUACUUAGAGGUUAAUGAGCUCAUGGCUUGUUAGCCUUUUCUCCUGACCAGAUCCCUCUGACUUUGCUGUAUUGUACUGUACUGUACUGUCACUGAAUUAAACCUGAGGAAUGUUCCCUUGUACAUUCCUUUGACUCCAGAACUUAGUUUUGACAUUCAUUUGACCAUAACGUUUGACAUUCUCUUGACUCACAAAUUUGUGUUUCUACUUCAGGGUUACUGAGGCAGCUUCAGGCAACAAAUCUACUCUGAGGUGGAGACACAGAGGCUGCUAUAGAUCUGUUACCUAAUUCCCCUUCCUGUCAACAUCUUAUCCAGUACAUUUUUGUAAAGGGUGGUGGGGAUUUCAUGUGACUGUGACAUUACCAAUGUUUCCUCCCACUCCCCUAGAUGUCACUACAGCAACGUGGCCUUUUCCUUAUUGGCUAACAUCGGCUGAAGCUGGGCCUGGUGGUGCUGAUGGCCGGGGUGAGGCCACCAGCAGCGGACAGGGACCUGGUCAUGCAGGCGUACAGCCACCUCAUCCCUGCAAUGGAAAGCGCCUUCAGAGAUGCACAGCGCAAGCUUUCCCUGCUGCCCGACCCCACGCCCUACAUGGGCCUCUUCAUCUACCAGAACACUACCUUUUAUGACAGGGGUGGGCAAACCGUUUGGCUCAAGGGCCACAUUGAGUUUUUGAAACCAAGGGAAGGGCCACAUACUAUAUGCGUGACACAACAUGUGAAGUCUUUAUUCAUUUUCACAUUGACACGCAACUACUAGUGUACUGUAGGUGUGCAUAUGCUUGCAGAACAAUUCUACCCUUGUACCAUCUCUACCCUUGUUUUUUGUGAACAAAUCUUUCACACAUUUUUCACAAAAUUGAUAUAAUUUAUAACAUCACAGACACAGUCAAACACACACAGAGAUCCUGCAUCUCUACCCUUGUAAAGUACAAUCAAACAGUCACAAUAUGCAAACUUAAAAAUAGAUAUACAGUGGGGAAAAAAAGUAAUUAGUCAGCCACCAAUUGUGCAAGUUCUCCCACUUAAAAAGAUGAGAGAGGCAUGUAAUUUCCAUCAUAGGUACACGUCAACUAUGACAGACAAAAUGAGAAAAAAAAAUCCAGAAAAUCACAUUGUAGGAUUUUUAAUGAAUGUAUUUGCAAAUUAUGGUGGAAAAUAAGUAUUUGGUCAAUAACAACAUUUUCUCAAUACUUUGUUAUAUACCCUUUGUUGGCAAUGACACAGGUCAAACGUUUUCUGUAAGUCUUCACAAGGUUUUCACACACUGUUGCUGGUAUUUUGGCCCAUUCCUCCAUGCAGAUCUCCUCUAGAGCAGUGAUGUUUUGGGGCUGUCGCUGGGCAACACGGAUUUUCAACUCCCUCCAAAGAUUUUCUAUGGGGUUGAGAUCUGGAGACUGGCUAGGCCACUCCAGGACCUUGAAAUGCUUCUUACGAAGCCACUCCUUCGUUCCCCGGACGAUGUGUUUGGGAUCAUUGUCAUGCUGAAAGACCCAGCCACGUUUCAUCUUCAAUGCCCUUGCUGAUGGAAGGAGGUUUUCACUCAAAAUCUCACGAUACAUGGCCCCAUUCAUUAUUUCCUUUACACGGAUCAGUCGUCCUGGUCCCUUUGCAGAAAAACAGCCCCAAAGCAUGAUGUUUCCACUCCCAUGCUUCACAGUAGGUAGGGUGUUCUUUGGAUGCAACUCAGCAUUCUUUGUCCUCCAAACACGACGAGUUGAGUUUUUACCAAAAAGUUUUAUUUUGGUUUCAUCUGACCAUAUGACAUUCUCCCAAUCCUCUUCUGGAUCAUCCAAAUGCACUCUAGCAAACUUCAGACGGGCCUGGACAUGUACUGGCUUAAGCAGGGGGACACGUCUGCACUGCAGGAUUUGAGUACCUGGCGGCGUAGUGUGUUACUGAUGGUAAGCUUUGUUACUUUGGUCCCAGCUCUCUGCAGGUCAUUCACUAGGUCCCCCCGUGUGGUUCUGGGAUUUUUGCUCACCGUUCUUGUGAUCAUUUUGACCCCACGGGGUGAGAUCUUGCGUGGAGCCCCAGAUCGAGGGAGAUUAUCAGUGGUCUUGUAUGUCUUCCAUUUCCUAAUAAUUGCUCCCACAGUUGAUUUCUUCAAACCAAGCUGCUUACCUAUUGCAGAUUCAGUCUUCCCAGCCUGGUGCAGGUCUACAAUUUUGUUUCUGGUGUCCUUUGACAGCUCUUUGGUCUUGGCCAUAGUGGAGUUUGGAGUGUGACUGUUUGAGGUUGUGGACAGGUGUCUUUUAUACUGAUAUCAAGUUCAAUCAGGUGCCAUUAAUACAGGUAACGAGUGGAGGACAGAGGAGCCUCUUAAAGAAGAAGUUACAGGUCUGUGAGAGCCUGAAAUCUUGUUUGUUUGUAGGUGACCAAAUACUUAUUUACUACCAUAAUUUGCAAAUAAAUUCAUUAAAAAUCCUACAAUCUGAUUUUCUGGAAAUAAAAAUCUCAAUUUGUCUGUCAUAGUUGACGUGUACCUAUGAUGAAAAUUACAGGCAUCUCUCAUCUUUUUAAGUGGGAGAACUUGCACCAUUGGUGGCUGACUAAAUACUUGUUUUCCCCACUGUAUAUUAUAUGACUAGAGACUUGCAAAAUGUAACAGCAGAUGUGUAAAAAAAAAAAAACUAUUCUAAAAUUUGAGUGAAACAUAUGGUAAGAGCAUCCGUUUCAUUUGGAAUGGUCUGUUUUUGAAAGCAUAUUAAGGAAUGUUUCUCAUCUCCAUUGUGAGCCAUAUUUACAGUUAUCCAAUCACCUCAGCCCAAAUCUGACUGAUUAGUUAUUACGUGUAUCCAAGUGCAUUGCUGGAUAAUUCUCACUGCAUAACCAUCACCAUGAAAAAGCAUAAUCCUUGCCUACCCCAGUCAAGGUUAUUUCAGUCUUAAUGUGAACAAUGGGUCUGGUCACCUCUCUUGGCAAGGGCAUCAAAGUAUGGUGUCAUCUUUGAUGUAGAUUCUCAAAACAGCUGACAAGUGGUCAUUUGUUAAAUUUGACCUUUGAUGGGAUUUGUUGUAAUUCAUGACUGAGAACGUUUGUUCACACACAUAUGUGAACCCGAAUAAAACAAGCAUCCUUUGGGUAUGCUUUUUAAUGUUUGGAAACUUUGUUUCAUUCAGUGAGCCAUAAAACUGGUCUAAUGUUGCUCUUUUGUACUUCUCUUUCAAAGCACUGUCACAUUGGAUGUAGAUGAGCUCCAAGUGUGUGUCUGGUGGUGCUUUCUCACUGUCGAAAGACAGAUGGCAUGAUACAAGCUCCAGCUCAGUCUCAAUCUUGGUGAAGUCUGUAGAAGCGGCGGGAAAACUCAGCAUGCAGGUCGAUCAAAGUGCUACUGUAUGUCUCAGUGCGGCACUGCGAUGUGGGCGCGUUCAGUGCAGCCAGUGUCGGAAAAUGAGCGAGAGACCAGCUGCUCAUUUGUCUGGAGAACAACAUAAGUUUGGCCUUGAAUGCUUUCACGUUGGACUACAGUUCAUGCACAAAAAAAACAAUUUCCCUGCAGUUUCACAUUUAGAUCGUUCAGAUGCCCCAAUAUGUCCACACUGAAAGUAAAGUCAUACAGCCAGUCUGUGUCUUUCAACUUGUAGAAGUUGUCAGCUUUACCAACCGUAUCAAGGAACAUACCUAUCUCCCCUCUCAGUUCCCACACAUGGCGAAAUACUUUUCCCAGGCUUAGCCAGCACACAUUUGAAUGGUACAACAAGUGCUGGUGCUCUGCCUCUGUGUCAUUGAGCAGCUGAAUGAACUGACGAUGGUUAAGCCCCCUUGCCCGUAUAAAGUUGACACGUUUUACAACCACUUUGACAACAUUUUCCAGCUUUAACACACUUUUACACAGGGCUUCCUGAUGAAUAAUGCAGAGAAGAAAUAUAAAUUCCUCAGAGUUUUCUUCUUUUACUUUGUCUUGUAAUCUUUUUAGUAGGCCAAUGUUUUUACUGGUUAGAUUUGGUGAUCCAUCUGUUGUGACGUUUGUCAAUUUGCUCCACGGUAGAUACAUUUUUUCAAAGCAGGCAGACACCCUGUCAUAUAAGUCAGAGCCCCUGGUUGUUCCUAUCAUUGAUUCCAUCGCAAGAAGUUCCUCUGUUAUUUCAAAGUUCUCAUUUAUUCCUCUGACAAAAAUUAAAAGUUGAGCGGUGUCUCUGAUGUCAGUACUCGCAUCCAGUGCUAUAGAAAAAAGAUCGAAGCCAUCUGCUUUUUUCGCAGCACUCAUUUUUCACGUCAAAAGUCGUCAACGGGGGGGGGGCAGUAUGAAAAAUUAAAAUGUAUGUACUCACUAACUGUAAGUCGCUCUGGAUAAGAGCGUCUGCUAAAUGACAAAAAUGUAAAAUGUAAAAUGUCAAGCAAUGAAGUGGCUGAAUCUGACUGUAGGCCCAAAUACAGAGCGCGCUGCCAGGCUACAGCACGAUCUAUUGGAGGUUGUUUGUAUAUCAUGGAAUGAGUAAUUUUAGGGCAAAAAUCGUAACUCAAAUAUAAUAAUAUUUAAUACAUUAAAAAAAUGUAUCGUGGGCCAGAUUGAAGUACCCGCGGGCCGUACUUUGCCCCCCUUGUUCUAUGAGCUCAAGGCGGGCUUGGACUGGGUGCUGGUCAUGCAGCAGUUGGACCCCACAGUGCCAGCCAAGUACAGCACUAUCAGGUUGGACUUCUUGCAGGAGAGGGUGUUCAGGGUGGUGUUCGAUGGGGAGUGCCCCUGCAAGCUGAAGGUCAACAGCAUGUCAUUGUCUCUGGAGAGCCAGGACAGGCAACUCGUUAACUACUACAAUUUCAAACAAGAAGGGCGUUUCAUCUGGAUUCGACUCCCCUGGACGCAACGCUUACAAAGUGCUCCGGAUAGCUCGCCGGCCAAUCUUCAACAGUUAAUCACUGAACACUGA